AGGUACAGAUUUGAGAAGUUGAUACACUACAAGCCAUUAAUGAGUCACGCGGAGAUGGGUCGAUAUAAAAAGAUCUUUGCUAUACAAGAUGCAACUUUUUGAGGGAUGGAUGACUCCGCAUCCUAUCCGCAUAUAGAACCUUCCAGCUUUGAUCUAAUCGUUAUAGGUACCGGUGUAUCGGAAUCCAUCAUUGCUGCCGCGGCCUCUGCCGCCGGAAAAUCUGUCAUCCACCUUGACCCCAAUCCAUUCUAUGGUUCUCAUUACGCUUCUCUCCCCCUACAUGACUUCACUUCAUUCAUUCAAUCCCAUUCCAACUCUUCCUCCACCCCUCAUCUUGCUUCACAAUACCGCCAUGAAUCGGAUUUCCAUCUCGUGCCGCUUUUUACUCGCCAGCUGUACUCCUCCAUUGAUGUCUCUCUGUACUCGCACGAGCCUAUGAACUACUCCAGCAAGUUCAACAUUGAUUUGGCCGGACCUAGAGUUUUAUUUUGUGCUGAUUCUAUGGUUGACCUCAUUUUAAAUACGGGUAUCAAUCUGUAUAUGGAGUUCAAGUCGGUGGACGGGAGCUUCAUCUAUGAUGGAAAUGGUAACUUGGAUUACGUGCCUGAUUCACGCAGUGCAAUUUUCAAGGACCGCAAUUUAAGUUUCACUGAGAAGAAUCAGUUGAUGAGGUUCUUCAAGAUGGUGCAGGGGCAUAUGAGGGAAGAUUACACGGAAAUCAAUCGGAUAUCUCAGGAUGAUCUGGAGAGUCCGUUUUGUGAGUUCCUGAGCAAAAUGGGGCUUUCGUCCAAGCAAAAAUCGAUUAUACUUUAUGCUAUAACCUUAGCAGCUGAUGAUCAGGAAAGUGUGAAGGGUUAUAAAGUUAUCAAGACCAGGGA